AAUUUCCAUCUCCGUGGUGUCCACUCUGCCAGUUUUAAUUUCCUUCCUGCUCAGUGCUCACACACACACGUAAAGAUCGAAAAUAAUGGCAGAUAAAAGAGUCUUCACACUUUCACAGGUCGCCCAACACAAAUCUAAGAAAGAUUGCUGGUUUGUCAUCAAUGGCAAGGUAUUGGACGCGACAAGUUUCCUGGUAGAACACCCGGGAGGAGAAGAGGUGCUGUUAGAGUCGGCAGGAAAGGAUGCGUCAAAGGAAUUCGAGGCGAUCGGCCACAGCAAAGCUGCUCAGGCGUUAGUGCUAAAGUACCAAGUGGGAGUCCUCCAGGGUUUCAAGUUCCAACAAGAAGAUUCUAAGGAUGGGGUCAUCAAGGAAACCAAAGGGAAGGAGAUGACUGCGUUCGUGAUCAAGGACGAUGGCUUGCCCAAAUACGCUGCCUUCAUUGAGUUCUUCGUCCCACUACUGGUUGCCGGCUUCUUCUUCGCAUAUAGAUACUUGCUCAGGGCGGAAUAGAUCACAUUUCAUAUCUACUUGGGAUUACUCCCCGCACUCCGUGCAUGUUGUUUCUGAGUUGUUCUUAUAAUUCUCCUUUUCCGUCUUCUUCUUCCCCAUUCGCGUCUUUUAUUUAUAUUUUAAUUCUUCUUUAGUAAGGAUGUGAUGUGCGAUGAUAAGUAUCAGAUCAAUGAAUAAUUCUCGUGUGUUUCCUGCACACCCAAAAUCA